AUGAGUGCCGAUGACAUACCGCAACUGGUUGCUCUGGAAACGGCUGAAUUUGACUCGAAAGUCCCAGUAACAAUUUUAACUGGUUAUUUGGGGGCUGGAAAGACCACUCUGCUGAAUUAUAUCCUCACACAAUCUCACGGGAAACGGAUCGCUGUUAUUCUCAAUGAUUUUGGCGAGGGUUCUGCCAUGGAAUCUAGUAUUUCCAUUCGACAGGAAACGGGAGAUUUAUUUGAAGAUUGGCUAGAGUUACGCAAUGGAUGCUUAUGUUGUUCACUGAAAGAUCCUGGGGUUAAAGCAAUCGAAAAUCUGAUGAGACGACGAGGUGACUUUGACUACAUUCUAGUUGAAACUACGGGAUUAGCUGAUCCUGGUCCCAUUGCAUCAAUCUUUUGGUUGGACGAGAGCUUGUGUAGCAAACUUUGUCUGGAUGGAAUUGUGACCAUUUUGGACGCCAAAUACUGCAUGAUGCAACUGGAUGAACGGUGUGAACGUCAAGUGAAUGAUUGUGAACGGUUUGUUGGCUCCUUGCCUGCUCAGUUGCUCAUCCAGGAUAAAUUGAAUACACAGGCAGAUUGCUUUGGCCGAUGUACUUAUCCUGAACAAAACGGAUUUGGUUGCAAAACACGAGCGUGA